AUGGGAGAACAUUGGAGACUUAUUUGUAAUGUCUUCGCCUGGAACAUACACGAAGUUGCCUCAACCAAGGCCAAAGGCCAUAUCCCUCAAUUGGUUGAGGAGUUUGAUAGAGCCGCUCAGCGGUAUUCGGAUUUUCGUAACCCAUCUACUAACCAACUGGAAUAUUGGCAUAAGUCUAACUUUGAAUCUACUCUUAUUGAUCGUACUAAUGUUAAUUGUACCACCUAUGAUGAAAGUUGUCCUUAUCAAGAUGUCUCCAAGGGCGACAGGGCGGAUCUAUGGAGUAUGAUGAACUUACUUUCGGCAUGUGUCGAAGGUGGUGUAUCUUCUUAUGUUGAGAUGAAGAUAAUAUCAGACCCGUCUCUGAUGCGACUGAGAUAUGAUCCUCCUCUGAUGGUACUCUGCUUUGGUCCUAUUAUGUUUGAAUUUGAAGCGUGCUUACCCAUUUCAAGAUUACUGGUGUUUCUGUUAGAAAACAAUGCCAAUUUUAAUGAGAUAUUUUACAGUCACAGCUUGUGGAAAAUAUUUCUUCACGUUGUGCAUACUAAAUUCAUUUCUUUUGGGUACCAUGGUGAUCUUGAUGUAAUCUUUCGGGCAAUGGAAAUCAUGCUCCAGCGCGGAGCUGAUGUUGAAUUGUGUUGUAUUGAAGAAAAGACGGCAUGGAAUAAAUUGAUUCCCGAUCACCGCCGAUAUAGUUGGCGCGACAAUUUAGAGCAACACGGCAAACCGCCACUUGAAUGCAAGGCUUUUGCUGACAUCGGUUUGAGCGAUUCGAGCGACGACAGCGCAAGCCAUGUCAACGAAAACCAUAACGAGCCAUGGAAAGUACGACAUUCCUUGGAACGUAUCAUUAAGGAUAUAUUUGAAGAAAAAAGACCGGAUCUUUCAGCGAAGCUACAAAGCCUAGUUGCGGAAAAGAAGACCGAGAAACUAGCCAUUGAGAAGCAGAGUCGAAAUCAAACACCCGGCUCAUCUGGCGGAAAUAAAGGACGGAAACAAAAGCAGAGGAAUAGGAAGAAAGGCAAAGGAAAGCGUGGUCAGAUUGCUUUGGAAAAUGAUUCUGAUUACUGA